GGAUGGCAUCCGCAUCAAUAAUCUUCAGGAGUGGUCGCAAAUGAUUGCUAUACUAAUUGAGCACUAUCAAAACUCUCAGAAUCACAGCCUUCCUGGGAACUCUAUGAAAACAAGUGUUGGUAAAGGCUACUGUGUUCCCUAUUCUUUGAUUGAAGAGAGCAAACAUAUUUCGUUGAAAGGCAAUGAAACUUCUUGCCCAGAUGAAUUAAGUCCAUUUAUUACCAUUCCAUGCUUGGAUCAGGCCAUGCCUGAUGAUGAUAAUCUUGAGGUUAACCAUCAAAGGGAUGGAGGUGAACUCCACUGCUUAUAUGCAACGGAUAUAUUAAACCUUGAGAAAUGUGGUGAUGGUUGGGGUAGUAUUCGUAACAACAGGAGCAGCUGCUUGUGUUCCAAGGACAAAGCAUGCUUUGUUCCACUUUUGUCGACCGGUGUAGCAUGGGUGGAGAUAGCAUAUUCAAGUCCUCCUCUGCAUUGCUCGCAACUUGGAACAACGCGUGUUGUUGACGAUGAUAACUCAAGGGAGAACCCCUGUGUUAAGACUUUUGUUUUUGUGGGUAAUGUAAAUUCAAUGAAGCAUUCAGUUCUUUUGACUUCAUAUCAACCUCGUUGAUCCGCUAAAUUUGGUGCACAUCUUCCAUACGUACUGGAAAAGUUUUUGAUGUUCACCUUUAAUGUCUCUUUGGCCCUUGCACUUCUCAACAGCCUACCGAUGUAUUUCCUUGAUGGUGAGGCGAUCUCAGAGGUGAUUAUACACUACUUAAGGUUCCUAAGUUCUAGGAGGAGGAGAACCAUUCUUCAGUAUUUCCUAUUGGGUGGGACCGUUGCAUCUAUUCUUAUUAUCUUCGUUCAGGUUUUCCUUGUUUUAUUAUGAGAUAGUAUUUUGCCAAAAUAUUGCUUGUAAAGGGGUGGAGCUUGGAGACAGAUUUGCUCUCCCUGAGAGUUUGGAAUUAUUAUGUCAUUUACUCAUGUAUGUUUUGACAGAUUAGCGUGGUAAAUGUUCUUUUGUGUCUUUGCUGCCUCCUGUGCCCCACAAAAAGAAAAGACGAGAGAAGAAAAAAACCUACACUUUUCGUCAUUGAGUUAAAUUUUACCUGUAAAAAAUGUUUACUAUGCACUUUCUUUUUCCCUUUUUUUUGUGGCUGUAUUGGCUGCCUUGAACCUUUACUCUAGCACAAAAUUUGGUAGAGUAGCAAUCUUAUGGUAUAAGCUAUUUUUGAUUCGUCAUCAAAGUUUCAUGUUUGCGCAAAUAAUGUCUUUCUUUGAGUGAUAAUUCAAAUGCUGUUAAAUUCUAUUCAGACUAAGUGCAUAUGGUAGUUUCUAGGGAGGUGCGAUAUGAUUGCCUUAUCUAGCUGCUUAAAUUAACAGAAAUGAAG